GUCAUCUGGCUUCCGCCACGGACACAACCCCCUGUUCGCCAACCCUGUGCACCUGCGCAGACCGCGGCGUCUGUCUGUCACCAUGGCAGCAUGUGCUGGGGGCCCGGGAUCCUGGAGUGAAAAUAUACUGAAAUAUUUUCUGAGGAACAGCCAGAUCAUGGCAGAAGAUGGCGCUGAGAUUCUCUGGUACCAUGCAGCCAACCACAAGUCUCAGAUGAGCGAGGCGCUGAAGAGUGCUGCUCACAUGAUAGAGGCUGAUGUCCUUCUUCCUAGUGACGGAUCAGAGCAUGGCCAGCCAAUCAUGGCCCAUCCUCCUGAGACAAGCAGUGACAACACUCUGCAGGAGUGGCUGGCUGAGGUCGUGAAGAGCAACAAGGGCAUCAAGUUGGAUUUCAAGAGUCUGGCAGCCGUCAGAGCAUCCAUGCUCUUCCUGGACAGCGUGAAACAGCACCUGCAGCGGCCCGUGUGGAUUAAUGCCGAUAUUCUUCCUGGGCCAAACGGGAGCAGCAAAGUAGUAGAUGCCAAGGCCUUUCUAGACACCGUGACAUCCUUCUUUCCAGACGUGACCUUUUCCUUGGGUUGGACAACAGGAUGGCAUCCAGAGAAAGUCAAUGAAGGCUACAGUUGGUCGAUGGUGAAAGAGAUGGACUACAUAUGCAGUGAGCUAACCCAGCCUGUCACGUUCCCUGUCAGGGCAGCUUUAGUGAGACAGUCGUGUUCUCAGCUGCUCUGGCUAUUGACAAAAUCAAACAGGUACAGCUUAACUGUUUGGACUGGAAAAGAUGACAUUUAUUCCACUGAAGAUUUACUUUACAUUCGAGACUACUUUAAUAAAACCCAAGUUUUCUAUGAUAUUUUAGAACCACAAAACCAUGAAUUUAAACAAGCCAUUGGAAUCCGAGUCAUUCUCUAAUAAUAUAGUUUAUAUUUUUUUUCUAAAUCACUUUCUCUUUGGUUUCAUGAUCCUUACUGCUUUGAUCUCAAUCAAUGGCAGUAUUAAUUGUAAUUAUUGGUUUAUGCUAAAUUUAUCUAAUCAGAAAUGCUUAUUGUGUGCUUCCUCUGACUUUACAAUGUCUCGUGGCACUACAUGUCUGUACAAGACUUUACCAACUGCAAUAAAAUUGUUUUAAAAUUAUAGUGAAAAUGUUGAAGCUGGGUAGCAAGUGCCUGUAAAACCCCAGGACUUCUGCGACUAAAACAGGAAGAUCAAGAAUUCAAGACCAGCCUGGGCUAUGUUGUGAUACCCUGUCUCAAGUUUUUUAUAGCAUCUCUAUAAUCAUCAUACAUUUUGUAAAAAGACUUGAAUUAAUAAAUUAACUACUUUUUGAUGAAAUUAGAA